AUGUCUAAAGGAGUUACUUUGGAAUUACCAUGGGUGGAAAAAUAUAGACCACAUAAACUUGAAGAUAUUGUGGGAAAUGAAGAAACCAUUGAAAGAUUAAAAUUAGUAGUUCAAGAUGGAAAUAUGCCAAAUAUGAUUAUUUCUGGACUUCCAGGUAUUGGUAAAACAACAUCAAUUCAUUGUCUUGCUUAUGAAUUAUUAGGAGAUAAAUAUUAUCAUCAAGCUACUUUGGAAUUAAAUGCAUCUGAUGAUAGAGGUAUUGAUGUUGUUCGUAAUAAAAUUAAACAAUUUGCUCAAACUAAAAUCCUGUUACCUCCAGGUAGACAAAAAAUUAUUAUUCUUGAUGAAGCUGAUUCAAUGACUCCUGGUGCUCAACAAGCUUUAAGAAGAACCAUGGGAAAUUUAUUCUAA